CCACUUUGAUUUUUAUAUAUUUCAUUUGAUUGCCCAUACCACUAGUUUUGCUUCCCAUCAUUACUCCAGAAGGAAAACUUGACAUCGAAAUUUCUAAAGCUUAAACUCGUGCAUAUAUAUAUCAGGCGAUAGAUCGAUGUCGCUUAACCGCAGCAAUUUUCCGGCAGAUUUUGUUUUUGGGACAGCUUCAUCUGCUUAUCAGUAUGAAGGUGCAGCAAAUGAAGGUGGUCGCGGUCCAAGCAUAUGGGAUACGUUCACUCAUACAUAUCCAGGUAAAAUAAGAGAUGGCAGCAAUGGAGAUAGGGGCGUUGAUUCUUACCAUCGUUACAAGGAGGACGUGGGGAUCAUGAAAGAAAUUGGUCUAGAUGCUUACAGAUUCUCAAUCUCAUGGUCUAGGAUUUUACCACACGGAAAGCUAAGUGGUGGAGUGAACCGGGAAGGAAUCAAAUACUACAACGACCUUAUAAACGAGCUCCUAAAAAGAGGUAUAAAGCCAUUCGUGACUAUAUUUCACUGGGAUCUUCCCCAAGCCCUGGAAGAUGCCUAUGGUGGUUUCCUAAGUUCUGAAAUUGUGGAAGACUAUAAGGACUAUGCAGAUCUUUGCUUUAAAGAAUUUGGCGAUCGGGUGAAGCAUUGGAUCACUUUCAAUGAGCCGUGGAUGUUUAGCAAUUUCGGAUACUCACUCGGUAUCUUUGCACCAGGCCGAUGCUCUUCUUGGCGGCAAGAAAAUUGCGUCGGCGGAGAUUCAAGUGUCGAGCCGUAUCUUGUGUCGCACCACCAACUUCUUGCUCACGCGGCCGCGUCGAAGUCGUACAAGCAGAAGUAUCAGGCAUUGCAAAAGGGUAAAAUCGGAAUCGCACUGGUAACUCAUUGGAUGAUACCUUUCUCAGAAGCAAGGGAAAACCAAAACGCUGCACUAAGGGCCAUGGAUUUCAUGUUUGGUUGGUUUAUGGACCCACUAACAACGGGUGACUAUCCACUUACAAUGCGAACUAUUGUGGGAACCCGACUUCCUAACUUCUCCGAAGAGCAAUCCCAGAUGUUGAAAGGAUCCAUCGAUUUUCUUGGAUUGAAUUACUACAGUGCCAAAUAUGUGGAACAUGCAGCACCAAACUCAAACAAUGUUAACGCAAGUUAUAAUACAGAUUAUCAAGUUAGUCUUACAACUCAAAAGGAUGGGGUUCCAAUUGGUCCAAAGGGUGCUUCAGAUUGGCUCUUUGAUUAUCCUCGGGGCAUUUACGAUACUCUACUCUACAUAAAGAAAAAUUACAAUAACCCACUUAUUUACAUUACGGAGAAUGGGAUUGAUGAGGUGAAUAAUGCGACAUUAUCACUAGAAGAAGCUCUAGAAGACAAUAAGAGGGUAGAUUACUUCCGCGGCCACCUUUCCUUCCUUCUACAAGCAAUCAAGGAUGGUGCUAAUGUGAAAGGAUACUUUGCGUGGUCGCUGUUGGAUAAUUUCGAAUGGGGCUUGGGCUAUACGUCUCGUUUCGGCAUCAACUACGUGGAUUUUAAAGAUGGUUUGAAAAGAUACCCGAAGCUUUCGGCCAGAUGGUUCAAGGAUUUCCUCAAACAGGAAAGUCUCUUACAGUGUCACGUUGUGGAUGAGUACAAUCAGUAUAUUUGAAAGAAACAACUACUACAAUUGUUUAUCGAAGUCAUUGUACCAAACUGAUUGCAUACAAUUUUUUGGGGGCCCAAGGCGCAAGUCUUCCUCGCCUUCCUUCAGGGACGAGUCUGAUCAUAAGUAUGAAACAAUUAUGGUAAGCGCACAAAGCCAGUUAUGUGCGCUUGCUUCCAAUCUAUGGUCAUUUUCGUGUUAGUAAUA